UUAUUAUUUUCAAAAUUGGUAUAUUUUUGUAUAUGUAUAUGUAAAUGUAUGUGUAGGUAACAAAAGUUACAUUAGUGCCCGGCUACACGGUGAUUUUUCAAUCGCCUAAGCAGUGAGUUUGUAGGCAAGAGGGGUGAGGAGUGAAGGGGGAAAAUGCUCACGAAGGGAACUGAAUUUUCUGAGGGCAGUACAGUUACAGUUCCAUUGCUAAAUGUUUCCUCUUUUUGACGUUUGUUCCUAGAAAAUGUAAAAGUGGAACGUGAUUGGGCACAACAGUGUGUAGCCACCGCAUGUGAUUUUUCAAUCGAUUGAAAAAUCACUGUGUAGCCAGGCACUUAGGCGACAACUUUGUAUAUAAAAUUUUAUAUACAAAGGGCGACAAUUGGCUAACAAUAACAAUAAAAAUCUUAUGAAGUUAAUUUUUUUUGUUAGUUUCAUGGCCUAUUUGCUUAUCGUGUUUCAGUACGCAGCUCUAGCGAAAAAUUGGAGAGUUUUCACUCAUUUGUCACUUACUUUUUACUGUCCUGUGCAUUUUUCUUGACUCCAAGAGCAGUGUUGACUGUUUUUUCACUUUUAAUUCAUUUAUUUCUUGCUUUAAAGAUUAUUUUCUCUUGAUUUGAAAUUAAUUAAGAUUUUUUGACUUUGACAGUAUUCUAUUGAUGAUAUUUUUUCGUUAGCAUUUUCGUUGUCGAUUUGAAAAUUUUUCGUUUCGCUUCAGCUGCGUACUAGACUUUAAUUUCGCUCAAGAUUUCGUUAACGAAAUUUUGUAUGGAAAAUUUUGUUUGCUUCAGCUGCGGGGGCGACUUUCCAUUAAGGGCGCACGCCUAGAGUUGUGAUUUUAUUUUUUACUUUGAGCUUAGGGUCUCAAUAGAAUACCUUUAAAAUGACUUUUAAAUGACUGUUCUAACUUGUUCAGACGUUUCUCACGAAACUGAGCUGCGUUCUUUUUCUAACAAUUAUAUUCAACUAUGGUUGUUAUGUCAAAAAAUUUUGUGGAUGUGUCAUUGUUAGAAAUUGUUGGGUUUUUUACAAAUCAUUAAGGAACGAUUUAUUGUUAGAUAUUGUAAAACUGUCAAACCAUCGAAAAAAAUUGUUUUGAGAAUACUUUUAUUUGCAAAAUUGUAACAAAGAAAUCAUGUUUUUUUUAAUCAAAAUAAAUUCUCUCGAAUCAUAAAAUUACAAAAAUCUCUUUUUAUUUUCCUUUUUCUCGUUUAUUUAAAAAAAAAUCUUCGAGUUCGUUUUGUAAACAAAACAUCCACUUUGACACAUCAACAAUCUCAUAAGUGUUCAACUCAUAUCAUGGAGGUGAGUUGGAAAUAGUUACGAUUUGCAACUAUUUGACACUUAACUGGCUGAAUACAAUGGUGUAGCUGUGGCUGUAGCUUGUAGCGCAAGUUGAAGAAUUCUCAACAUUUUGCUCAGCUGCCGCCAACUUUUGUUGUUGUUUCCUUUAGUAAAAUUUUGACAGUACUACAAACUACAGCCACAGCUACACCAUUGUAUUCAGCCAGUAAAAACGAGUUUAGGAACGAUGUUCAUCUGUCAAAUAGUUACAAAUCGUAGCUAUUUUUUUUUUGUUAUGUUUUAUUUACACAACCUUUGUAUAUAAAAUCUUUAGUACUAAAAUGGGAGUAAGAAGAUGAGAUAUACAUUUCUGUUUGAAAUUUGACAUAUUUUUUAGUUCUUUCGUUAGCUUGUGCCUCAUUUACACGACUGGCAAAAUGCCAAUUUAUCUGUCAAAUUGAAGCCAUUUUUCUUUUCAUCGUAUAAUUAUACAAAAAUAUUUCCAGUAUUGAAAGCGUUUAAACGCUUUCAAUACUGGAAAUAUUUUUGCAAAAAACAAAUGGCAGGGAAAAUUUGGCAUAAAAUGUUGCCAUUAAUAUGGCUAUGUGUAAACACUGUGCUGGCGCCAAUUUUCCCAAUUAUUCCAAUUUAGAAAAAAAUGAACUUGUGUUUUUUUUUUGACAAAUUGCCAUUUUUUAAACGUCAAAUCUAAACGAAACAACUGCAAUAUUCAUCUUGUCUGUGGACUGAAUUUGUGUACUUAAAAAAUUAAAUGUUGGCAAUAUAAUGCCAACAUUAAAAUCUGCCAUAAAUUGAACUCGUGUAAAUGCAUGAACAUAAAAAAUUAUUUCUUCCAUUAUGUUGCCAUUUUGUUUGCCGAAGUAUUGGCAAUUUUGCCAGUCGUGUAAGAGCCAUUUUCUUCACUACAAGUUGAAGUCAACUUGAGAGUUUUCAUUCUCAACUUGUGAUUUUGCUUUUCUUCACUCAAAGUUGACAGUUUCAACUUUCAAUUCUCAACUCUCCAGUUGGUCAACUUCUGGUUUUCUCAACUUCCGAAAAUAGUAGAAGUUGAGAGAGCAAACUUGAGAGUUUUCUGUCAAAUUGAAAUAUGUAAAACAUUUUUUUGAAUCUUCUGUCAAAAAUUAUUCUCGGUUUGAAUUGAAUUGAAUUUUUCGGUGUAAAUAAAAAUUUAUUUAUUAUAAAAUGUUUCGCGAAAAUUAUUAUUGGGAAAAUCAUCCAUCGUCUGCUUCCGGAAGCGAAAAUGAAGAAGAAGAAUUGUUAAGGAUUGAAAGAAGACAAUAUAAAAUGUGUCCCCGGGUAGGGCUUGAAAAAUGGGACGACCAUGAUUUUAUCUACCGGUUUCGUAUUUCAAAGCGAACGACGAUUUUACUCUUGGACUUGAUAAGGGAUAGUUUGCCUUGCACUGAAACAAGAUCCCGCGAAUUACGACCAAUUACCCAAUUAUUGAUUGUGCUGAGGUAUUAUGCACUUGGGUCAAUUCAGUUGUCCAUUGCUGAUUUUAUUGGUGUAAGUAUUUCAACAGUGCAUCGUAUUUUGAAGAGGGUGUCAAAUGCAAUUGCUAAUCUUGCGCCCCAAUUUGUUCGCAUGCCGGAAACACCAGGAGAACGGUUACAAGCAGCAAGAGAAUUUUAUGACAUAGCCAAAUUUCCAAGAACAAUUGAGGCAAUAGAUUGCACGCACGUAAGAAUCCAAUCGCCAGGUGGAAACAAUGCAGAACUUUUUAGAAAUCGCAAAGGUUGGUUCUCUAUAAACGUUCAAACCGUGGCAUCUGCAGACCUGAAAAUAAUAGAUAUCGUUGCUCGUUGGCAGGGUUCCACGUACGAUCAACGUAUUUUCAAUUCAUCAACUUUGAGGCAACGAUUUGAAGACGGUGAAUUUGAGCACUUUAUUUUAAUCGGUGACUCUGGCUACUCAAACACAAAUUACUUGGCGACACCUUUUCAAAACGUUUCAAACUCGGUUGAAAAUUUAUAUAAUGAGUCUCAGAUUCGAACUCGAAAUUAUGUGGAGCGUUCCUAUGGAAUUUGGAAAAGACGGUUUCCAAUAUUGGCCACCGGGUUAAGAUGCCGAGUUCAGACGGUGCAAUUGAUUAUAAUUGCUUGUGCCGUCCUUCAUAAUAUAGCCAUCGAUGAAAAGGAACCACAAACUCCGCCGGAAAUGCCCGGAUUUGAGGAUAUGUUGCGUAAUACAAAUGUACCAUCAACAAGACAACAUCAAUUACCUUCGGGAACGGUUGGGAACGCAAGGUCUCGAAUUCGUCAUUACUUUCAAUCAAUUUUAGACCAGGAAUAAAUAAAUUGAAAAAAAAUGUAUUCGUAAUAAAUUAAUAUUUAAUAUUCAAUUAACAAUUAACAUUUAAUAAACAAAAUAAAAUUUCAAAAAUAAA